CGCUCGGGCCGGCAGUGGUACGUGGCACUCAACAAGCGGGGCAAAGCCAAGCGGGGCUGCAGCCCCCGCGCCCGGCCCCAGCACGUCUCCACGCACUUCCUCCCCCGCUUUCGGCAGCCCCAGCCCCCCGAGCUCGCCUUCACCGUCACCCUCCCUGAGAAGAAGCCCCCGCCACCGCCGAAACCGAAGGUUGCCCCGUCCCCACCUCGGAAAAACCCCGGCCCUGUCAAGUACCGGCUGAAGUUUCGGUUCGGGUAG